ACGAUGUUCCGAAAAACGGAUUAAAUCCUUGAUGAACUGUAGUAUGGAGGCUAGCUUUAACAACUGCUAGCUACGUAGCUACCUACCUAGCUACCCUAGCAACCACCUAGUUACCUAGCAACCACCUAGUUACCUAGCUACCGUCUCAGACACGGACUCGCAACGGGCAUGCGCAAGCAGGUAGCGGCAGCAGACGUUAGUGGCUGAAGUGAUUUAAAAAGUAAGAUUUUGGUGAAAAUGUCUGUAAAGUACAGAGCAUAAGACUGGAUAAAUGAGAAUUGGAGUAAACUGCACGAGUUUUGUGAGAGUUUAUAAAUAGUUUUAAUAUAGAUUUUUGCUGUUCAAUCAAUUCAUCGAGGAUUUACACCCGUUUUCGUCUGUUUUCGGAUUCAACGGUCACCAUGGAGGCAAAGGAGAAAAACAGUUACAACGUCACAAAGCGAUGCAUUCUGGGACAUAUAAACUCACCUAUGGUGGUAAACCAGGGGUCUACCUCCCAUGGUACAUAACCCAGGAUAGGAGGGAAGGCGCCACAGUUGGACUCGGAGACGUAGCCUGUUGUGGUUACCGGAGGGUCUGUUUCAUUUGGACGGAAGAAGGCCUUUAAAGGCACACUUUUUGUGGCUGCCAACUGGAGAGCACUGCGCUAGGAGAUGAUUAAGAAGUCUCUCUCUCUCUCCAGGAACGUAGAUCUGAAGUUGAACCCCAGAAUAAGAUGGAAGUUUAAUAUCCUGAAUCAGCAGCAGGACCAUAUAGAAUGACAGCAGACCAGCAGGCUAAACAACAGUUCUCUCUCUGACCUUGUCCAGAGUCCAGCUGAAGUGACUGUUUCUCAACCAACUCGCACAGCCAAUGGAACAAACGGGCACACUGUCUCAGAGGGGUCUGAAGAGAUGAAGAGCCUGAUCAUCGAGAAGAAUAAGAUGGGCCUGGAGGAAGAGCCUGAGCUGCUGGUCAAAGGGUGGUUGUUGCGGGAGGUGCGAGGAAACUGGAUCAAGCAGCGUCGGUACUGGUUCGUGCUGAGCCAGGACUCCCUCGACUACUACACCGGACCAGAGAAAGGAGCCCGCAGACUGGGAACGCUGGUCCUCACCAACCUCUGCUCUGUCAUCUGGCCAGACAAGCAGACAUACAAGGAAACGGGCCACUGGAGCAUCACGGUAUAUGGGCGGAAGCACUGCUACCGGCUGUUCACCAAGCACUUCAACGAGGCUGUGCACUGGGCAUGUGCCAUCCAGAAAAUCAUUGAUACCAAAGCACCAGUGGAAACACCAACACAGCUCCUGAUUCGAGACAUUGAGGAGAAUAAGUUCAACCCAGAGGUAGUGGAGCACAUCUACCAGCACAAUCCCAUCCUGAAGUACACCCAGGGCCCCCUGUACGCUCCUCUGCUGCCCUUCCCCUACGGCAGCCUGGAGCACACAUACCACAGUGGGAAAGGCUACGGCUCGGUGCGUGAGGAGGCCGUGAAGCUCUUCAACUGCCUGCAGCAGCUGGAGUCGGCACGGGAGCCGGUUCCCAUCAUCCAGGGCGUGCUACAGACCUGCCUGGACCUGCGGCCUCUCCGCGACGAGGUCUACUGCCAGCUAGUGAAGCAGACCAGCUAUACGCCAGCGCCGUACACUGCCGCACACCUCCGAUACUGGCAGCUCCUCACCUGCAUGAGCUGCACCUUCCUGCCUGGGCCCACAGUGCUCAAGUACCUGCGAUUUCACCUCAAGAGGAUCCAGAGCCAGAGUCCUGAGUCUGAGAUGGAUAACUAUGCGUCAUUCAUCAGCGAGGCUCUGGAGAAGACCAAGUGUCGGGAGUGUGUGCCAUCCUGGGAGGAGAUCCAGAUGCUGAUGAGCCGACAGGAGAUGCUGUGCACUGUGCACUAUCCUGGCCCUCUGUCCUGCCAGCUCUACAUCAGCUCGCACACUACCGCCAACGAGGUGGUUCGAAGGAUGCAGGAGAAGCUCGGCCUGCAAGAGAGCAAAAACACGUUUUCACUGUACGAGCAGAACACACUGUGGGAGCAGCCAGUCGCAGGUGGCGCUCUGAUUGCAGACAUCUUGACCAGCCUCUCCGCCAAAGAGUCAGAGUCUAAAUCCCAAUGGAAACUGUGUUUCAAGCUCUACUGCCUGUUGGACGCUGACAGCAUAUCAGUGGACAGCAUCGAGUAUCUCUUCCUCUUUGAGCAGUGCCAUGAGAUGGUGGUGCGCGGCCAGCUGCCAGCCUGUGAAGAGGACCUGCAGGCCUUAGCUUCCCUCAGGCUUCAGUGCCUGAUGGGUGACUUCAGCACACACGCCCCCUGCCCACCUCUGGACGAGCUUUUCCCAGGUCACGUGCUAGAAGCUCGAGUCCUCAUGGCCCUCUCUGCGCCCCAAGCCCUGCCUCCUUGUCAGGUGGCGGCUCAGGGCUGCCCCACGACGCAGCGCUUCCCCACGGGCCUCCUGGCAGGGACGCUGUGGAGCCACACAGCUACGGCAGCACACAAGCAAAAAGUGGAGCAGGAUUUGCGUCUGCGCAGCCGGCUGAAGGAGGAGGCAGCGGCUGUCAUGGGAUCCAUCUUGGAGCGUUGGAAAGAUCUGGCUGGCUACGGCCGCAGGGACAGUAUGGCUGCCUACCUCACUAUUGCACGCCAGUGGUCGGGCUUUGGAUGCACUCUUUAUGAAGUGGACUUUUAUAUUAGUUCGACAGGGAGUUUUUCCCAGAAGUUGUGGCUCGGUGUCGCUGCUACGUCCGUGUCUCUGUAUCGGCAGGGAGAGGCCGAGGCCCUGGAGUCCUUCCCUUAUGGCCAGAUCUGUUCUUACGGCGUAUCUGAUAGCAACACCUUCAAGAUUACAGCUGGGGAUCGGGAUCUGCUGUUUGAAACCACCAAGCUGACUGAGAUCAUGCAGCUGAUGAAUGCGUAUUUCAGUGCCAUCCGUCGCCAGCGAGGGAAAGGGGAAGACGUGGACAUCACCAUAAAAGAAAGCACAGAGGUGGGGUUCCGUCACCUGGCCUCGACGCACACCCUCAUGGAGCUGCCCUCGCACCCAGUUUGAGAGACACCCAGACACCCCCACCCUCACCCCCGCCGUCCUCCUCCUCCUCCUCCACGUGGCCCCUGUGAGGCCCAGCCCCAGUCCUCAGGACACCACGCCUCCUCCACUGGGAACGGCACAGCAGCCAAAACAAAGAGAGGGCUGUUUUCGCUCCCCAUCCGUGAAAAUAAACCCUCGCUGAGCUUUCCAGCUGAAGGAGCUGGACCGAUGGAGGAGGGGAGGGGGGGGGGUACGGGAAGGCGAGGCAAGGGGGGGUUCUGUUUUGCAAAGUGAGGCCAGAAACCCACAGAAACCAAUGCGGUCGCUGAUGAGCUGUCACACACCCUCCACCCCAUCCUGUCACGCAACCACCUCUGUUACCCUACAUGGCACCCCCCAUCCGCCCCCCCUCGACAAUGUGAGACGUUGGCGUGAGCCGUGCUACAUCAGGGAGAGAUAGCAUCACAAGAGUUACAAUAAGCUGUGGUACUCCCCUCAUGAAGGUAUGGCUUAGAGUGAAAACACUACUCUCUCUCUUCUUUUCUGUGUGCCAUAUUGCCUUUUCCUAGAAGGCGGUCGUCCCUCAUGCACUGCUGGAAUAGUGUUGAGAACAUUCAGUGACACACACACACACACACACACACACACACCCGUCUUUGGCUCACACACACUCACUCUCUCACGUGCCCUUAUGCUGACAUGUUCAUCAGAGACGGUCAGUUUUCAUAAGGUCCCGGCCGGGUUUGCAUUACCUGGAACUGUUGAUGCAGUGAGCCAUGUGAACUUGGAACUGGAAACAGAUGUUGAGCUCUGUAGCUAAGUCACUUUGGCUGCCGUCGCCAUAUAGACUCUAUGUGAUUAUCAGUGUGUGUGUGUGUCUAUUUGAUUUCCUGGAUCUUCAGGAUCUGAUUUGUGUCUCACAGAAACCAAAGGAUUUUUCGGAGCCGUUUCUACGUUGUUUCCACCAAAUGCUCUCAUGUGUCCUUUGUCGUGCUGCUUGUCUUGGCUGUAAUCCUCGACACGAAACUUGGUUAACACUUGACUGAUAAUUUUGCUUUAUGUCGGUUACUAUCCUAAUGCAGCUCUACUCUGCUGAAAAUAACAGGUGCUUCUCUGUUUUUAUUAUUGUUAUUUUCACAAUGUAUAUAGAAUGGAAGAAAUUGAACUUAGGAGAACAUAUAAACCCCCUCUAGUCAGAGAUUGCUGGACCGCGGUCGAAAAGUCUUUUUUGGUGUGAAAUGACCUGGAAGUAUCUCAAUAGAUAAGAGCUGUUUGAAUCCUCUAAAUGCUAAAGAAAGGUGCUUCAAUGCUUCCUUUCUUGUUUGCCUUUAGUAGUCCAUCUUUGGAACAUUGUAGUUUCACCACGGUGGAACUGCGUCACUAACAUCCGCAGCUGAUGCAUCAUAACUACAGAGCCUAGUGUUUGUGCAGUCGGAUUCUCUUAACACCACUUUUCCUCUUUCCUCAUGAAUUCUCCUUCACAUCUUUCCUUGACUUCAUGACGUUUUCCAUCGAGGUCAAGGAAAAGUGGUUAGGAAAAGACAAUAGGACGUCAUGUUUUGACUUUUUGACCGCAGCCCUGGAUCAUUUCAAAAGUGAUGCCAUAUUCACCACGCAGUUCCCCGUCUGUCCCCUGCUAUUUAAUCAGGCCCUGGAUGCUUUUGUAGUAUUAUUUAUGCAAACUUUGCCUUUUUUUUUUUUUUUUUUUUACUGUUUUUUAUGUCUUAAAUGCAGACCCAGAUGUGUUGUGAUAUAACCAGAAGCCAUAAAAUGCUUUUGGUUCUGCUCCUGAAAGCAGUUUUCAAACGUGUAAAUCCUGUGUAGCUCCGUCUUUGUGUUCUUGUGAAGCCAAAGUUUCGCCAAGUCAUGGGUUUGAGCAUGGACCAAAGAUGUUUAUAAGCUUUUAUAACAAGAAAUUAUCUCAAAGCAGUAAAGAUCCCCCAAUUUAUAUUUGACUGUCUUCACAUUUACUCAUUUUAUAUGACAAAUAUGAAGACAUCCUGUUGUAUACACCUUAUUUUAAUGUAGUAGAUUAUCUGAGACCAUAGAUAGGCUUUGUAAAUAUAAUUUUAGAGUACUGUCUGCUACACAACCCCAUGCGAUAACCAGCCUCAACACUUAAAUCUCCUCACCAUGAAAGGCCUUGACGAGUCAUUGCACAGUCAGCCCCGUCGCUUUACUUUUUCUGCUGCAGCUGCAGGCAGCUCCGAGCUACAAGUAUGAAAAGCAAAUAAAUCAAACUGCGGAUGUUGUUGCUUUGUAUUAAGCUUGUUUGUACGCUGCAUGGUACCUUUUUAUGUAAUGUGUGUAUAGUUAAUUGCACUAUUGUUUGUUUUUAACUAACUUGGAAGUGCAAUAAAAACUAUAAAUACUGUAUGUAAUUAAUAAAAAAACACCAUUUUACCAUA